UUUUUUCGUUACCCUAUUUGUUUCAUUAUGUUGAAAUUACUUCCUCAUUUCAGACUGACAGACUGUAGCGCUUCUUUUAGAUAAGAUGGUGGAUGUUUUGGGGAGGAACUCUCAGCCAUCAACUCCGUUUGAGGCAUCAGAGAUGGCAGAUAUCAUUGAUUUCCUCCAUCACGUUGUCCACUAUGAAGAGCAGGGAGGGCCUGUUCAAGCUAACAGCAAGCAAGCCCAGACCAGAGAUCCUGGCUCUUUUUGGGAGAGUAGCUGAAACUCUUCGUCCAGAUGGAGCACAUUUUCUCUCUCACUUAAGACCGGAUAUGAAUUCUUCAAUUUAUGCUGCUACACACCCAGAGCUGAUCCAGAAUCCCUCUGGACUGUUGGGGUUGUGCAUUUCUCAAAAGCUUAUCAUUGGCAUUUAAGUGGUAGUUAGUUAGAUCUUUUUACAUAUGAAUGACUCCAUGGCAAGGUUGUCUCAUGGGUUCAAACUAGGGGUGAAAACAGUUGGUCUAUGCUUGAUGUAAAAUACGAAGAAUGAAGAGUUGGAACUAUCAACUAUAUUGAGAAAUAUAUAGACUCGUCUGUUGCAACAUUAUCUAAAUUAAGUUUCUGAGCAUAUCUGGGUCUUUUGUGCCCUCACAAUCGAACAGACUAAUAAUACCAAUGAAGCUUCACAAGAUCAAGAUGGUCCUCCUUUCCUUCUUGGUGAGACCUAAACCGAUAUUUGUCAGAUUCAAGUUGAUCAUCCAUAUAGCAUUCGAGCUCUAAUUGGCAAAGGCAAAUCAUGAAUUCAUGAUGACUAGUAAUAUUAUCUAGUAAUGUUAACCUCGGAGGGUGCUCUCAUUGUCCAUCCUAGGGAACAGACAGGGCCAUUAUCAUCAAAAUAUAAAUUGAGAGCAAUGUCUCAGCUACAUAUUACAUGCAAAAUCAAGAUUGUAGUUUACGGACAUUUUGGGAUAACAUUCAUAAAUCUUUAUCGCUAAACUGCAACCUUGGACUCAAUAUAAAGUUAAUUGAAUUUUCCCAUGUAACAUCAAAAAAUUACUUAGAGCCAAAUUAUCCAGGUUUCCGUAUCAAAUAGAAACACAAGGUAACGACACCAUUGGAAUUGAUUUCUUCCUCAACUAACAACUGAAUCGUCUGAGAUGAAUAGACUGAUGCACUUAAUCGAGAAACACAGUAUGGAAUGGAAUGCAAAGCAAAGCAAAGCCUUUCAAAAACAUCAAAACAGAGCCAAAUUUUCCCAUUAAGAUUUGUCUCCCGCAUAUUCAAUACAUCAUUAUCAGAGACUCAAAAGCUUGCGUCUUGAAGCCAAGCAAAACUGUUGUUCAACACCCAAAUUAAACAUCUCAGUUAACUACACAUACAAGAAACCA